CGCGCUCGUCACGUCGUGAGGAUGCGUCUGGGUGCAGGAGGCCGCUCACACUCGCUCCCGCACCUCCAUGAGCGCAACUAAUUGUGACCGCAUAUAAAGGUUGACGUGGAACGAGGAGCUCAGUCAGUCCUCUCUGGUCUGUGGCGGUGAGUGAGCCGGCGGCCCGCCCUGCCUGCAGUGUCUUUGCUGGCUGCUGCUUGCUUGCUGCAACACUCGACCCGGCGGCCACCAUGAGCAGUCGCAUGCAGUCUGCACGGCCGCCCGCCUCCCUGGUGCACGGUGGUGGUGGCGGUGGCGGUGGCGGUGGCAAGAGCAAGGGCGGGGCCGCGGGCGGCGCUGGCGGACAGAGGCCGCCCUCGGCCACGUCUGGCGUACACGACCAGCGAGCAAAAACCAUCCUGAAGGAGGCAGUGGACGCAGUGGUCAACAGCUUCGCCAAGCACACGCAGGGCUACGGCAGAGUGAACGUGGUGGAGGCACUACAGGAGUUUUGGCAAAUGAAGGCCCAGCGGGGGGCAGAAUUGAAGAAUGGUGCACUUGUCAUCUACGAGUCAGUUCCAUCCUCCUCCCCGCCAUAUGUCUGCUACGUCACGCUUCCAGGAGGAUCAUGCUUUGGCUCCUUCCAGAACUGUCCAACGAAGGCUGAGGCACGUCGGAGUGCUGCCAAGAUUGCUCUCAUGAACUCUGUCUUCAAUGAGCAUCCCUCACGUAGAAUCUCUGAUGAAUUCAUUGAAAAGGCUGUAGCUGAUGCCCGUGCACAGUUCAAGCACGUAGCUGACUUGUCCCUCCCCCAGGGUGACCCUGAUGAGGCUGACAACCCCAGCACGGGAAUCGGUGCCUUCCGCUUCAUGCUAGAGACCAACAAGGGCCGCACCAUGCUGGAAUUCCAGGAGCUAAUGACUGUCUUUCAGCUUUUGCACUGGAAUGGAUCACUUAAAGCAAUGAGGGAGAGGCAGUGCUCCAGGCAGGAAGUAGUAGCACAUUACUCCCAUCGUGCACUUGACGAUGACAUGCGUUCACAAAUGGCACUCGACUGGAUUGCUCGAGAGCAGGAAAACCCAGGCGUGAUCUCUAGGGAACUGGGUCAGAGUGAGCGGGAGCUUGAGGCUGCUCGCUUGGCUGGUCGUGAGCUUCGCUUUCCCAAGGAGAAGAAGGACAUUAUGAUGCUUGCGUGCUCGCAGCUGUCACCAUCUCCUCUGGACCCAUAAGGCCAGGGGCAAGGGACACCUGCCACAGUGAUAUUAGCACCAAGGUGUAGAGGUUAAUGCUUUCAUCUCUGCAAAAUCAAAGCUAAUUUACUUUUUAUUGUUGUAAAGAUUAUGUUUUGUACUGUUUUCUUGUGUGUGCAUGUAAAUAAUGUAAAUAAUCAUUCCAAAGAAUUUUAUUAUGUAAUUAUAAUAAUAUUAAGCUUGUGUGGGGUGCAUUAGUGAACCCCACAUUAAAAACGCACCCCUGGGAUAUCAUUGUGCUGUUAGGUAGAGCCGCCAGGCACUGGCUGCUGCAACACUACACUGCUGGCCUCACCAAUCUGCAAGAUUUGCUGUGCUUAUUAUGCCAACACUGGCUUAUAUAUGCACAAUCUUUAUACUGCUCAUCAACUAAUGUCAAUAGUUUAAAAGAACAGUUUAUUAUUAGUAAUAUCCGUGAUGUUCAUUGGGUGCAGAAUUUUGUAUUUGUCAAUACUGUACAUCAAAUUUGAUGCAUCCUACUUUUGUAUCCUUCAGUAUAGUUGCUCAUAUCAGCAGUGCAAUUCUGUAGUUAGCAAAUGCACCAUAAAGGAUUGUGUUGGUAUGAAAUGUACAGGGUAUGUCCCUCUCCUAGAAAUUAUAUAUACAGUACUGUAGUUGUGAUAGUUUGCUGUAUAAUUUUGCUGCACUUCCAAGCUGCCAGUAGUAGGAGUCAGAGGCCUGUGAAGUGUGCAACACAGUGUUUUUGCUGUAUGGUACAAGUCAGGAGCCUGUGAGGAGUGCAGCAGGUUUCUUGCUACAUCUCCAAGCUAUCAACUGUACAGUUUAGCAGCCUAUGACAUGUGUAGCACAGUAAUGUGUCUUCAACUCUGAGCUGUCAAUUAUACAAGUCAGGAUUCUGAAGUAUCCAUCAUGAUGCUCUUGCUGUACUUCCAUGCUGUCAGUGAUACAAGUCAGGAGGCUGAGAGGUAUUAAAAUGUUUUAAGGGAAGCAAAGGGCAACAGGAGGUGCAGAUUUCCUAGCAAAAGCAGCAGUGCACCACAGGAUGAACCAACAUUAUUACUCUCCAGUAAUCAUAAGCUGUAUAAUUAUAAGCCAGUGCCUUCAGUUUCUGCUGCAAGCACCAGGGUUUGGCAAACUGUACAAGAUCUCAUUUGCUGAAACGUAUUAGGAGACUAAUGCGUUAUGUGCUGACUUGUUUUUUUAUGCUUUGUUAAGUUGAAAUUGUGUAAUCUCUCUGACUACGACACAGUUGGCUUUUUACGUACAGAGUUAUUCAACUAUGCUUUGGAUGAGUUCUGAUGUUUUCCUUUUGCAUUAACAAGCUGGGAGUUUAUGCUGUUGCCAGUGUCAUGGUUGUGACGGUGUCAUGCUGCGCUUAACACUUUCAGUAGUUCGGUUUUUAAUACUUCUUUGUUCUAAGAAAAGGACAUUAAUGAAGGCAAUUGUAUCCACAAAACCCUAUAAUUUAUUGACUUUUGUUUUCUACUAGAAAUGUAAAAUCAGGAAGAUAAGUCUAGUGGUAAUAGCUUCCCAAUUUUUUUCCGGGAAGAAUUUUGCUCCAGCAGUACGUAACAACCACUGUUUUCGCAGUUCGUGUAGAGACCUACACUUAUGUUUGUGAUGCUGCUUGUGUGUAAAUUAAUAAUGUCCUCUCCUUAAGUGAUAAGAGAGGCAAGUGGCACAUUGUAAAUUUAAACCUUCCCUAUAGUUUGUGAUGUCUUGUACGUAACGUAAUGUAAGUUCUCCCAAUGCUUUACAUUCCCAUGAUUUUUAUAUGUGUAGUGUGAACUGACUUUUUCAUUGUUGAUUUUGUUAAUCUAGGACUUAGCAAGUCUGAGAGUGCAAUGCACUUCGUGGCUACAGAGUCUGUGCAAUAUGAAUGAAGUGUUUGUGCAAUUGAUGUUUGUUGAGCAUACUGGCCUGGAAGGUUGCAAGGUACCCAUGGAGUUUCUCUGCAAAGUCUUCAAUAAACUGAACUUUCAUUAUCCCAUACACCAUGUCCAUAGCAAUACCAGUUAGUUCUUGCUGUGAACAAACUUCAGUGCCAAAUUAACUGUGCCAAUCUCAGUGCCAAUUCCUGGAUUUUUAUUUUGAAUUAUGAAUAAUAUAGCACAAGGUUUUUUCCAGUGCCAAAAGCAAGAUAUGAAGAUAAUGAAAGAAGAAUGAUAAACAAAAUUCCAGGCUGGUGGUGGACCCUAAGACAAUCUUUCUGUAGACAUUCUGCUUUCACUCACUGGGCUUAUAGAGAUUAAUGGAACUGGAUCAUGCAGAAUAUAAACUUAAUAAAAAGCUGCAUAUGGCCCAAGUUGUUUUAAAAGAAAAGUGAAGGACAUAUAUUGUUUUCUUAUUGUUUGUGAAGUGGAGAAUUCACACAAAGUAGAAGUCGAGGAGAGGAUAUGAAGACUUACAGAUCUCUGGGGAUUAUAAAGCACCUCAAGCACUCGGCAUUAACUUUAAUUGCUAGUAAGGAAAAUUCAAACCACUUUGAGAUAACUACCCUAUGAAUAAAUAUAUCUAAGCUGGCAUAUAUUACUAGUUUUAAAAAGAUAUGUUUACAGUAGCGAAGAGUUCAUGAUUGUUUGUUCAUUUUAGUUUUGAAGAGUUCAUUUAAUUUUUAUGAUUGUUUGUAGAGAGUAAAAACCGGCCCCAGAGGUCAGUACACCUUCUAGAAUUACCUUCCCCUCCAGUGACAAGCCGCUGGCACUGUUAACCCCUUCUGCUCGAGGCCAACUGGUGACCAUUGUUAAUUCAGUAGUGUGAUGAUAUCUUAAUUAUUAAGGAUAUAAUGAAUCUUUCUAAUUAUCAAUGCUAGUCUGAUAUUGUAAUUUCUCAUUAUUUAUGGUUAUAUUGAUGAUAAUAUUAACAGUAUACUAAAGUUUAUAAAUUACAAAUUACCAAGGUAAUGAAACGAAGAUAUCUAACCUGCAGUUGAAGGAUACAUGUAAACUGUUUAACUUAUAGAUAUACAUUUUUAAAGUUGUCCACCUGUAUGUAGCAAAAUUAUGCACUUAAAACCUAAAUAACAAAUGGAGAUGUUCUGAAGCUGCACUUUUGAAGAGGCAUUCAUUUUGUGGACUUGAAUAAUGUUUUCAAGCUGCUUUUAAAAGUAGUUGGCAUAAGACAUCAAAUGUUCAUGGUCCAGUUGUAUUUGUUAUACUCGAAAGUAAUAUUUAAUCAUAAGGCUGUGAUAGUAUGUUAUUUCACAUUACUGUAUAAUCACUCAGCUGGUCAAUUACAUUUUAACUAAAUGCUAUUGACUAAGAUCUUCACUAGAAACAAGAUACUGUACUGUAUAACAGCACAUGGGAACUGUCCCAGUACUACAGGAAUCUAUGGACAUUUGAUGUCAGUGAUCAAGGUUUUAAGUAUAAUCACAGCUGAAAUUUUAGCAGAAAGUUGAGAUUGACAACAUUAAACUAGAAAAGAGAAAAGGCUUAUUGUGUUUGCAGACUGUACUUUCCAGUCUGAUCUGUACUCUAAUUUGUGAAUUAUCAGCAAAUAGAUGAUAGAAUUGUACAGUACUUCAGAACCAUUUAUUUUACCUUCCUGAUUUUCUUGUUUGACCAUGAGAAGGGUGCUCAUGGGAGAAGUCAUUUAAUUUUAGCUCAAGAGAAAGGCAAAUGAAUAGUAACAUGCUGUCUGGAGCACUGUGAUUUUCAGUAUGUAGCAUCAUUGUUCUCACUUGUUUUGCUUCCCUUUGUUUCUUAUACAGUUGCAUGAUCAUCUUUGUUUAUUUUUUUCAGAAUUUAGAUAAAUACUGAUGUACAUUAUGCCGUAAGAAUGUAGGUUAUACAGUACUAAAUUUAAACUGUAUAGAAUUAGAAUUGAAAAUGUUGUACCUUUUAGGCAUGUAUUAGAACUUACUACUGCGGUGGACUACUUGUAUGAUCAUAAUGAAAGGUCAAGGCUAUAUCAAGAUUUCUUCAAUAAUUUUAAUUCAAUUUAACCCUUAGACAGUGGCUGUGGAGAAAUUAUACCCACUUAUGCAUAAAAAAUAUAAAAAUUCCAAAAUAUAAUUUUUCAUUAUAGAAUUAUUAAUUUGUAUGCUAAAUGUAAGAAAAACACAAACAUAAGUGAAUAUUUAUUGUUUCACUGGGUGGAGGCGCCCUGCAAAGUUGCGUCAGGCAUGUGUCAACGCCUGGUACUAGACAUUGCUGAUGCUUCCUGUUUUAUUCUCAGAUGUUUCACUGUUUUAUCACUUUUUUUUAUUUACAUCGAUAGAGAACUAUUAUAUCCAUAUUUGCAUCAUAUAUGUAAAACCCAGACAAUAAUUCUUAAAUCCUCACAUGACGAUGACCGCAUUCUCUUAGUAACAUUCAUGAUGAUAACCGCUUUCGUACCAUGAAAUUGUAGCAGGAUUUUUUCAUGGGUCAAGGUAAACUACAUUACAUCCACAUAGACCUAUUACUGUAUACCCAUAUUUGCAUCAUACAUGUAAAAACCCAGACAAUAAUUGUUUAAAGUUUCAUCAUGAUAACCGCAUUACCCUGUCAAUCAAUCAACAAUUGACAAUGUCCGCAGCCUAAUGGUUAAAAUUGUAUUACAUGAUUAAGUUUUUAUGAGGAUGAUCUUUAGCAAAACUUGAUAUAAAUUUCGCCUUAGGUAAAUUCAAACUACAGUUCAGUUUUGGGACUUGCAUUUGUUACAUUAGCUGAUCUUAUAUUUAGGAAUAUAAUGUUAUGUAAACCAUUUGAUGAAAGUGUAUAUCAAUAAUGUUUAAUUUUCUAUAAAUAUUUUACGUAUGUAAUUCCAUCAUAACAGUACAUGCUUGUGUGCAUACACAUGCAGGGGUACAUGCACACAAACACAUAUGUGUAUGUGUUUGCCUGUUUAAUUAUCUAAGUAUGUAAUUACACUUAUAUAAUUAUACACAUGCCCCACAAAAAUACACACACACACAUACAAGCACAUGCAGUCACCAGAGGACCAUAUAAAGGACAUUGCGAGAGGAGCCUAUGCUACGCAUUUCAACUUCAUUAUCGCUUUUAAAUAUAUGGACAGAGAAAUACUAUACUAAAGAAAUUGUUCAUGAUUUUGGUGAGACCAAAAUUGGAAUAUGCAACUGUUGUAUGCUGCUUAAACCAAUGCUGUAUAUUAAGAAGCACAUCAAUAAACUGGAGAGGGUGCAAAGACAUGCUAUUGAAUGGCUUCUGGAACUGAAAACAUGAGUUACAAUGAGAGGCUAGAGGUGUUAAAUAUGCCAAAGUUAGAAUAUAGAAGAAAAGUCAAUAUAAUCACUAUGUACAAAAUCGUGACAAAAAAUGAUGAAUUUGACAAAGAAGAAUUCUUGAAAUCUAAGGCAAGCUAAGACAACAAAGGUGCUGAAAAAAUAUUAGGACAUUCUCAUUUUGCAGAGUUGUAGAUAGUUGGAAUAAAUUAAGGUGAUGAAUGCCAAAACCAUCAGUAGUUUCAAAGCAUUACUAUGACAAAGAGCACUGGAAAGAUGGGACACCAUGAACAUAGCUCUCAUCCUGUAACUAUACUUACAUAAUCACACACAGACAGUAGUUUCAAAACAUUAUGUGACAAAGAUUAGAGGGAGGAGGAGACACCAUGAUUAUCCUGUAACUACAUCUGGAUAACUGCCCACACAUGAACAUACACACACACACAAUUUACGUUAAAAUUUAGAAAAUCCUGUGUUUCAAACUUGCUAUACAUGCACUGUUUCAUAACCACAGAACUCUUUCCAGAAAUAGAUGUAUUCUCAGAUAUUGAAAAUUCAUUUCAUCAAAAUGCCAGAAGAUUAAAAUGUUUACAAAAAAAAAUUUGUGGUAGUGUGGAUAAGCUCCUAAACUAGAUGACGGAUUUCUUUGAGUGAACUUGGGUGUAGGUAAAAAACUAAAGGCAUUGUAGCUCGUUAAAAAAGCCAUCUUUCAUUCGUGAAUUUACCUGAGGGUCACUAACACUAGUGGCUUCAACAGGAAGCCAACAGCUUGUUCCCCAUUUGGCCUGAUGAUCUUUUCUACAGGCAGUUUAGUUUCUGGUGAGCAAUGGUUGGUAGUGGUGGUCUUUACAACCUGUUCUUAAAACAAAGGCUCCAAAUAAUAUCAUACAGCAGUCAUAUCUCUGUAUUUAUGAAUUAAAUAUUCAUUUUUCUAUAAGAGCUUCUAGUGUUCAAAACACACAUCUGAACUCUGUACAAACAAUGAGUCAAUAAACCUUCAGUUAUAACAAUAAUAGGACAAAAUAAUGAUACAGUAUUUAUCAUUUAUCAGUUACAGCACAUGUAUGGUUUAUGGAGAUGGUGGAAAUAUUAUUGCAUUAGUAUAUUAAAUAAAACAUCUCAUACACACUGACAGAAUUUAAAUACCAAUACUGUACACUUUUAAAUAUUAUAACAUAGCUUGCAUGAGGGCAUGAUAAAAUGUUUCAUUCUACAGUGUUGUUGUUUGAAAGAGUAAGCUCAAGAUUUCAUAACUGAAAUAAAAGUAGCAAAAAUAAUACAAGUUGCUGGUACACCUUGGAAUUUACUUUGUGGAGUAGUACCUUGUUCUUUCAAAAGUACCUUUUUUUUAUUAAGAAAUGAUAAUUGCUUAUCAUUUCUUAAAGGAACAAACUUUCACAUCUUUAUAGAAGCAAAAUAAUGGCUUCAGACAUUUUACAGAAGAGAUGUGAGAGAAUAUUUAUUCUUAAAUAAUUGUAGAUAAUUGGAACACACUGCAGGAUGAGUUGGCAUGUGCAAAAACCUAGGAAACAUUGAGAGUAAAUAAAAUAAAAGUAUUUACACUCAUAAAGUUGGCUAUACUUUUGCAGAGACAGAACACCAUAGGCUUGAGCUCUGUCCUGUAAAACAGCAAAUAAGUAAUCACAUACAGAUGUUCACACAUAAUACACACACAAUGUACACAGUGAAGGUCACCAGUUUGCCUCGAAGUACAGUGUAUUGUUCAAACUGCACUACAUGCCCCUGGCUACCCCAUGUACAGAUGUAACUUACUGGAUUGCAAAUUUAUCAUCAUCUCUUGGUUUUGGACUAGAAUGAAUCAUCAUUUCCAAGGAUUGUUCCCCAUUUUUGUAUAAGCUUUACUGUAACCAAUCAUGUUCAUGUAGCAGAACCUGAACAUGUUUGAAUGAGAGGUUAUGAGAGCGGUGGGCUGAUUUGGCAAGUGGACUGCAAGGGAAACAUGAAAAUUCUUUAAACUUUACAUGCAUAUUGAAUGACCAUGAAAAUACUGUAUUGUGUUUAUAACUUGGUGUGUAAUGAAAUUUGAUGAAUGUUUCUGCUGGGAUUCUUAUAAUUGAAUGAAUUUGUUAUUGUCACUGUUUGUCUGUGUUCCCCAUGUAGAUUCUCCCAAUAUUUUCAGACUUCUCUUGUGUUCCUGGAGUUGUGAGUGACAAAUAAAAUUUUUGUACGAGUGCAUGUAGGUGAUACAAGUACCAUUUGCAUUAAUUAGUAAUGUUGAGCCUCAGCUGGUAGUUUUACAGCUUCACUACUCUUGUAUCAUUAUGUGCUGUCACCGCAUGCAUUCAUGGUUACUCUGAACUGUACUUACAAAAUCCCUCCAGAACAGUUCAACAGCAAAUCUGUUCAAUAUUUUUCAAUAAUUAAAAGGCUCAAACAAUUUAUUUGUAUGUUUAGCAAUCUUGUAAGUGAAUCAGUUGCCACUUGCAUUCGAAAUUUAAAUAUGUGAGAAGAGUUUAGAUGUAAAGUUAGCUGAGCAAAUUAACACAGAAAAGUAGCCGAGGUAGGGAAGAAGUUAAAGACUGGAAAUAUGGACAUUAAAAUUACAGUAAGCAAGGGUAUGUGAUCUUUUAUAUUCUUUGGUUGAAGGUAAGCACAAAACUGUAAUCUAUGGUUAGGCCAUAAUAUUAAUUUUGGUAUUGUGAGCAAUAAAAAUUUGACUAGAUAUCAACUGAGUCUGUUGAGCAUUGUUCUAAUUUCGGUAUUGAUAAUAGUGUUACAAUCCAUGGAUUGGGAAAUGUACACGAUUACUAUGGAUUGGGAAAUGGAGGAUAAUUUUAUCACAUUUCAAAUAUAAAAAAUGAUCACAUUUAUCACAUUUCAAAAUCUAUCACAUUUUGUAUAGAAGUACUGUAGUUCCCUCACUCUCAAGUUAGAAGCUUGUGUUUCCAAUGGCAACUACAAACCAAUAAGAUCACAACCCAAGCUAACUUUCUCCUAGGAGUUCAUAGAAUAUGAUACGUAGUAAGACUAUGUUUAGUCACAACUCUCUUCCCUUCCCAAUGAGAAUCUAACUUGAGCCAUGUUCCCCUUGACAAUAAGAAAAGCAAUUAAUCAAAAUAAUGUAAAAAAAUAAUUACUGUAUCUGUAGCAAUUGCUUAUAACUCAGUAUUCAGAAUUUGCCCGAUUUAUAAAUAUAAAUGUUGUGUUAUGUCCAGAUUUGAAGAAAUCAGAUCUGAUUAUUAAGAAUGUUUUUAAGAUAAGAAUUUCCACCAAAAUUUUAACCUGUAUCCAGUUUACAAUAGGCCUUGUGGUGGCUGACUUGGGCUUAUCCAUUAAAAAAAAAAAAAAACGAUGAAGCACAGAGAGCAAAUCUCAUCUUUCUGUUAUCAUCAUUAAUAAUUAUAACUUUAUAUUCAGAAAGUCUGAGGCUGAACAUUUUCUUAAAGAGAACUUUGCUGACAUCUGAUUUUUGAGAAAUAAGAUUGGUUUUAACAACCAGCUUUGGUAAAAUUAAAAAAAUAAUUUAACUUUCAGAAACUGCACUCGAGUCCCAAUGUGUUCAAUAAUUUUUGCACAUUUGGCAUGCUUGAAGAAAACAGUUGACUUAAAUGCAUACAUGUACAUAGCAAUUUUCUCCAUUAUCAGAAGUAUGGUAUCCAUCCCAGUAGUUUAUGACAAAAAUGUUUUUGCAAUCCCAGUAGCGGGGAGCCAUGUUUCCUUCAUUGUGAUAAUUCCUUCUUCUAGCUGUACCAAACAUUAUAGGCCAAUAAUAAAUCGAUGAGGUCA